GGAGCUUCGGGGGAAAUGGGGCGGUGCCACAUAAAGCUUCUUUUGCUCCAGAUCAUCAUCAUCGUCGUCCGCUAUUCUCUAUCCACUGCUACAUUUGAGACAAGAGGGCGUUGAGGAGUGUAUGUACACGCGACAGUGUCUGGCACCUCCGCUAGCUGCAAUGUCAAGCCGCGUGGAGCUGUCCGAGCUGGAGGGGGUGCUGAACGAGCUGUGGAAGGCGGACGUGAACCGUUUAACUCCUGGGACUCACUACGCCAUCUCUCCACAGGGCAAGGCGGGGUACGUUCCCCCAGGGAGCGACUCUGCACGGGACUGUGCCGCUCGUCCUUUGUUCAUCUUCGUGGACGAGGCUGCGCUUCAGAGCCGAGACACCUACAAGACUUUCAUCGCAUUACUCGACAAUUACGAGGAGCAAACGGGCACCACCGAGACGGUGACGGCCGAAGAAGUGCGGGAGAACCAUCGCUUCCUCGACGCCGUCAUGCAGACGGCCGUCAUGCAGAUCGCCCACGAGUUCCUGGCGAGCAAAGGCCUGGCGAGCAAGGAUCCUGGAAAGUUCAAACAGCACCUCUACCGCAUCUGGUUUGAGCUGUACUCGCGUGGAGGCUGCGCCGACUCGAGUGGCUUCGAGCACGUGUUUGUGGGCGAGACGAGGCGCUCUCGAGAGCUGCUCGGAUUCCACAACUGGGUGCAGUUCUACCUCCAGGAGAAGCGCGGCAACGUCGACUACAAAGGCUUCGUCGCCCGCAGAUACAAGGACAAGCCUGAUGAGGACGACCACCUGCUCACCCUGCAGUUCAGCUGGAAGGCAGCUGUAAAGCCUGCGGGCAGCUCCUUCAUCGGCUGCAGCCCCGAAUUUGAGCUCGCCACUUACACACUGUGCUUCCUGGCUGGCGGAGGCGGCCGGGAUGGGGAGCGUUCAUCACGAUAUCCCCUACGUCUCGAUGAAUUCCGUCUCGAACUCGUAUGCCACCGCCAUGGCACACACAUUGGCACAGUCUAUCCCGUACUGCUCGAACACAACCUUGACACUCAAGCCUGAGACAUGCAGACACGAGGGCUCCAGAAGGCCAGAUCUUAGGAUCAAUGUCUAGGGUCAGGGUUCCAGGGUGAGUGUUUUCGGGCCAGGUUUGCAUUUAAUUGUUUUGCAAUUCGACUACUCAUGAUAGGGUUAGAGGAACUCAAUAUUUCAGAGGAAAAUGGGUUUAAAGACAAUUAUCUUAAAAUAAUAAAUUAGGAUGUGUACAUUGAGACCUGGCUAUAUGAGACUGAGUUUCAGAACCAGGGUCCUGAGACUUAUCCACAAAAAAACAGGAUUUGGACCAGGCUACAGGCACACCAACCAGCAACUCUUAAAUGUCUGGCUCCGAGUAAAGUUUAAACGAUAUUCUCACAUGUGGCAAAGUGACGGUCCCAGCCUAGUCUAGUUAAUACAUGAAGAUGGCCAACACGGUUAUUAGGGUGUAUUCACGAUGGGGGCAGAACGCAUAUUUUCAUGGUUGUGGCAAGGCAGACCCUGGAAGGAUGUUUUCAGCAGAUAUACGAUUGCUUGGGACCCCGGUUAGGGGAACGCAAUCCUGUGGUUGUUAUAAAUUACCCUUGAAGGAUGUGGAGGAGCAAGGUCUAUGCUAUUUCACUCUGCUGUCACUAGAUAAACGUAGGAGUUUUAAAAAUACUUUAACCUGUGCCCAGAUGCCAACUCACAAAUUUAAAAUGUAUAGAGUGCUUAUAAAGAGGAUGGUCUACUAAAAUCAACCUGUCAGCCCUUCCUCUGGGUGUAAAUACAAAUGUUGGGACUGGUAAUCGUAAAUAUUAUCAACAUGCAUUUCAUUUCAAUCCCUUUUGUAUUUUUUAUCACAGGACAAUACUUGAUCGCUUAUUUUGGUGACAAAGUAAAGAUUGUGCCAUAAGAGUGUGCCACUGUUGUGAUGGCCGGAAGUUCACGUUAGAAUCGUUACCAAAAACUAUGCAUUUAAUUAAGUCACAAUGCUCCUUAAAGUACAACUGUUAUAUGGGUCUUUAUCGGUGACUUAUCAGUGGGAGACUGCAAUGCCGAUGACCAACAGUCUCUAGAGACAUUCUUUACACAAUUGUUAUUAUUGUAAUCAGGUUGUCACCUGGCUAAAUAAAGGGUGUCACUCGUCUAAUGAAACGUUCUGAAUGCUUUUGUAUAAUCUUUCAAGCUUUCCAGGUGUUUGUUUUUCAGUUGAAAGGUGUCUGAGGUGGCAGACAUACAAACUGGUAACUUUACAAUGGUGAAUACCAAUAUUAAAAUACAUCCUAGCAGACUCGAAUAUAGUUUUAUCAUUACAAUAAAAGUUGCCGCAAUUG